ACUUGACACACACUCACACACUAAUAAACGAAUAAACGAAUCCUUUUCUUUACUUUUAUAGUUUGAUCUCCGUCAAAUCAAACCCAAGGUUAUAAAUAAAUAAAAUAAAAGGCUUAAUUCUUUACUCGUUAAAAAAAAUAAAAACAGUAAAGCCUUUUAGAAUUAGAUGUUCCAAAUCCAAUUCAGAGUGGGAUUAGAAAAUUGAGACGGUCCCAUAUACAAGCCUUUUUGCCCCAAGGAAAGUCCAUAAACUUAUCCAAUUUUGCAGGCUAAUUGUGAACAGCCCAAACCAGUUGUAAACCUAAGUCCAAUAGAAAUCAGAUAUGUGCAACCUUGAACCAAAUCCAAACAUGGAAAGGUCACAGAAAAACCCUAUUUAUUUGGCUGCCACAAGCAACCUUAUUCUCCAAUUCUCUUACUCUCCCUUCGCCGGAAUUUGAUUGUUCCAUAAACAAGUUUAUUACUUUUCAAGAAUUUGUUGGAGGGAUUUGUGAUGGAGGAUUGUUGGGGCAGCGAUGAGGAGUACGGUGAAGACUCCCUGAAUGAGAUGGAGAUGGAGGAUGAGGAAUCCGAUCGCCGGACGGUCUCUUCCACGGUUAUUACAAAAGACUCUCUUUUGGCUGCACAGAAGGAGGAUCUUCGUAAAGUCAUGGACUUACUUUCUCUAAAAGAGCACCAUGCACGGACUUUGCUUAUACAUUACCGGUGGGAUGUGGAGAGGUUGAUUGCAGUGCUAGUUGAUAAGGGCAAAUCAAGAUUGUUUUCCGAAGUUGGAGUUAGUAUGGUCGAGUGCCGGGAAGACAACACCAGUACUUCUGUAGCACCGUCUGUGAUUUUUUGUGAGAUAUGCAUGGAGGAGUUUUCGGGUGGUGAGACAUCAAGAAUGGAGUGUGGCCAUUGUUAUUGCAAUGAUUGUUGGACGGAGCAUUUUAUUGUGAAAAUAAAUGAGGGGCAGAGUAGGCGCAUACGGUGCAUGGCAUACAAAUGUCAUGCCAUUUGUGAUGAGGCUAUAGUUAGAGAUCUUGUUCGCAAAAGACAUGAUGAACUUGCGGAGAAAUUUGAUCGAUUUCUCCUCGAAUCAUAUAUAGAGGAUAACAAGAUGGUUAAGUGGUGUCCUAGUAUACCUCAUUGUGGGAAUGCAAUCCGGGUUGAGGAUGAUGAUGAAUUUAGUCAUGAAGUACAGUGUUGUUGUGGGGUGCAGUUUUGUUUCAAUUGCUUAUCAGAAGCACACUCUCCAUGUUCAUGUUCUAUGUGGAAACUUUGGAUGAACAAGUGCCAAGAUGAAUCUGAGACAGUUAAUUGGAUUACAAUAAACACAAAGCCUUGUCCAAAGUGUGGCAAACUUGUGGAGAAAAAUGGAGGAUGCAAUCUUGUGGCGUGUGUUUGUGGACAGCCAUUUUGUUGGUUGUGCGGUGAGGCUACAGGUCGGAAUCACACUUGGGAAAAAAUUGAAGGUCACAGCUGCGGUCAUUACGAAGAAGAGCAUAUGAGAAAAAUAGAACUAGCAAAUCAGGAUCUCCAUCGCUAUAUGCACUAUUAUAACCGUUACAAAGCUCACAAAGAAUCAUUUGUCCAUGAAAGUGGUAAGCUGAGGGAGAGCAUCCUAGAGAAAGUAUCGAAUUCGGAAGCAAGGGAAUGGAGUCUAAGAGAUUUCAGCUGGGUAACAGAUGGCCUUUACAGGCUAUUGAGAUCAAGGCAGGCUCUUUCGUAUUCAUACCCGUUUGCUUAUUACAUGUUUGGGAAGGAGCUAUUCCAGCGUGAGAUGACAAUGGAGGUAAGGAAGAUGAGGCAGAAUCUUUUUGAAGACCAGCAACAGCAGCUUGAGUCUAAUGUUGAGAAACUCUCCAAGAUUUUAGAAGUGCCAUUUGAUGAAUAUGCAGAUGAAGAAGUUUUAAAGGUACGGAUGGAAGUUAUGGACCAGAAUGCAAUUGUUGAUAGACUCUGUAAGAAGAUGUACGAAUGCAUAGAGAAUGAUUUACUAGGUUCUAUCAAUGUCAGCCAUAUCCACAAUAUAGCUCCUUACAAGUCUAAGGGCAUUGAGAAAGCAUCACAACUUUCUGCUGAUGAUGGUAGUACUGGUUGCUACAAUAGAUCGACCGUUAUAAUUAGGUAUAUAUAGAUCUAACUGAAGAUGUUCCUGCCUUAUGCUUUUCCUUCUACACCUAGUGUACUAUCUAUUAAUUUCUCAGAACAUUCACAUAUUGUACAUGGCCUUUUGUUGCUUUUUUAUGAGGGGUAAUGUUAAAUUUACAAAACUUUCUCACAAAAUCUAUAUAUCAUUCUAUGCUUAUUACUUUGCUUGUUAUACUUAUUAACAAUGAUAUUAUAUAAUCGAUGUGAAAUUUUGGGUAUAAAGGGUGCUCAUUUCG